UUGAUUAAAUUUAAAUUAUUUUUGAAAUUUCGGAAAAUGUCUGCAAACGAACAAAUUAAAAAACGAAAACUGUCAACUACAGAAAAUGAAGAUGAGGGUGGUGAACCUCCGUUACCUAAAGGAUGGGAGAAACGUUUAAGCAGAUCUUCAGACCGUGAAUAUUAUUUCAACGUUUUAACACAAAAAAGUCAAUGGGACAGGCCAAUUAAAGAUGCUCAAGAACUUGCUAAAGAACCCACAAAAGUUAGAUGUUUCCAUAUUUUGGUCAAACACGAAGGCUCGAGAAAUCCUAGCAGUUGGAGAAGUGAAAAAAUUAUCCGAUCGAAGGAAGAUGCGAAAACUACUCUUGAAGCUUAUCGUGACGAAUUGUUAAAAUUAUCAGAAGAUGGAGGAGGAAAAUUUUCGCGUUUCAAAAAAAUUGCAAAAGAAUAUAGUGAUUGUAGUUCUGCAAAGAGGGAAGGAGAUUUGGGAUUUUUUGGCCGAAAACAAAUGCAAAAACCUUUUGAAGAUGCUUCGUUUGCUUUAAAAGUUGGGGAAAUGUCUGACAUUGUGGAGACUGAUUCUGGACUUCAUUUAAUUUAUCGAAUGGCUUGA